AUUAUAUGAUAACGGUUAAACUGUGAUAACGCUAAAUCGACAACAAAGUCACAUUUUUGAAAUGGUAUGUGUUUUUUGGCGCCCUAUUUAGCCGUUGAGUUUUGCGAAUAAAUAACCAAUUAUUAGGCUCAUAAAAUCGUGAACAUUUUGUCUCCCGAAGAAAUUACCCUGGUCAUUGCCACAGCAGCACUCGAGGUCGAGAAAACUGGUAAAAUAAUGACUUUUAAUAGUAUUACAGACUUACUAAUAAAGUUUUCAUUUGUUUGUAAUUUUCCAGUACUAUGUCGGACAAAAGUUCAAGGACUGUAUGGUUGUCGUCGAAACUUAAACAGUUUGCGUUGGAUGAAGAAAUCUACUUAAAUUAUAUAGAGAGUGUAUUAGAUGGCGAAGAAGACCGUUCUGAAAAGAUCAACGCUCUAGAGGCAAUUCUUGGAGAAGUAUUAGUAAGUUUAACACAAACCACAUAAGUUGUAAAACAAAAUAAUAUAUUUGUAUGCUGUAUAUAGAAUGUAAAUGAAGUGAAAACUGAAUGCAUGGAAAUAAUAAACAUGUAUGACACUCCAGACAGUAAUGACAGCAAAGAAAUAAAUAAACCUGUCGAAAACCACGACGAGACAUUGGUUAAAAUGUUAGAAAAUAAUAUGAGAAAUUUAGUGUCUAUUCCUAGUAAAGUUGUCAAACGAAAUUCGAAUGAAGAAGAUUCAGAUUUAAUGAAAAUUAGAAAAAAUAUUUUGUCUCAUUAUGCACAAGUAUGUAUACUAUUAAAAUAAUGCAUUAUAUACCUACGUAAAAAUUUAAAAUUGUAAAUUCUAUUAUCAUAUUUUAACUAGCUAAUAGUUGCAAUUUAUUGAAAUUUAAAAUAGUUGCCUGCGUGAGUUAGCACCUAUUUUUUUAUAUUUUUUUUGGUUUUAGAAAGAAACAAAUUCUGAGGAAGAAGAAUCGGAUGACUUAGACAUAGAAGACAAUACCAAUGUAAGUUCUGUAGUAGCAUUAAAAAGAGAACAAAGGGAAAGGGCCAGAGAACAAAGUUUGCGGAAAAAAGAAAAAGAUAAAGAAGACAGGUAAUUAUUAUAUCUAGUUUUAUAGUUAUAUUUGUUAAGCCGUACAAUUCUAUAGUUAUUACAUUCCAUAAUUAAAUAAAUAUUAAUGGCAUUUCAAAUUAUAAUUUGAAUAAAACUAUAAUUUAGUUCACAUACUUUAGAAUAUUUAAUUUUUGUUUAUCAUAUUUGAUGGUCGUGUCUAGUUAAUAAAUAUUGUAUAAAAAUACAAAAUAAUGUGUACCUAUUGGAAACAGAAUAUUUUUAUCUUUGUAUUAUGCGCGUGUAACAAACAAAUGUUAACAUGUGAUAUUUACAACAAUAAGAGAAUUCUGAAAGCAUUUCACAAUUUGAAUUUGACGUCAGGUCUAUUUGAGAUAAACUUCCUCACUAUUUUAAAUUUUUUGUUUUAAAUUCUCCAAAAAUUCUAUUAUUUUUUUUUCAUCAUGGCUUUUUUAAUGAUCUAAGAGGAUAAAAUAAAAAAUGUGGAAAUGUCAAUUUCAAGUAGAAUUGACAACAAAUUCUAAUUUGUUUUUUGAAUUUGUAUUGCUUAAACAUGUUUAAAUUCCUACAUUAGUCAUAUGUAAGGCAAAGGGCGGAAAAUUGCCACUCCCAAUCUCCUUAAGAGAUGCCAUAUUCACUUGUGCUCGCUCAGUAAAACCAAUAUGGUUUAAUCUACUUUACGCAGACUGCGCAGAACUCUCUUAAUUUUGGUUUUAGAGUGAAAACGCCUAUAAAUUAAUAGAGCAAGACAGUGCGUUUUAAUAUAAUGUUCAAUAUAUUGUUUAGAAAUAAAAUUAAUUCAUUGUUUUUAAAUUACUAUAACGUUUCGAAAAAUUAAUUUAAAAAAAUUACCACAUCGUAUUGUCUUCUUUUACUUUUAUUAAUAGGUGCUUUUAUUCUAAAACCAAAAUUAAAUGAAUUUUACAUAGUCUGUGUAAAAUAGAUUUUGCUAUAUUGCCCAUUACUUGGACUGACAUAACACAUGCGGAUAUAGUGUCCUCUUAAAUCAAAUACAAACAUUUUUAUGUAAUACAUACAAUAUGUGAAUUUAAUCUAAUUGAUAGUUUAGAAGAUUUAGAAGAUUUUAAUAGAUAGAAGAUUUUUGUUGAAGAUAUUAGUUUUAUAUAUUGUCAUACAUUCAUACUUUAAUUACGAAGAUUUAAAUUAUAUUUUACAGAGAAAAACAAAAGCAAUUGGCCCAAGAAAAAAAAGACAAUAAAAAGAAAAAAGCUCAAAAAGUUGAAAGAAAACGUUAGCACCUUUGGAAAAAAAAUCAUUUUGGUUUGAUGUAUUUAGAAUAUUACUAGGUGGAUGCUAACAGUCUAACAAUGAAUUUAAUUGAGCCUAUUGAAUAUGUAUUGUUUAAAUAUUAUAAAUCUAAAUUUGUGCAUCUUUUAAUUACCUUAACAAUGUUGAUAUCAAUUUUAUUUUAUAAUUAUGUACUUAAAAUGAAAUCUUGUUUAAUAAAUAG